CCCCUCUCUCAUUUCGUUCGACCUAAACCCUCUUCUUCCUCGACCAAAAGAAAAACCCUCUUCUUCUUCUGGCUUCUUCGCUCGCCUCCGCCACCGACGUCUUCAUCUGCUUCGCUCGGCUACUGUGGAGGUAAUCUCAUGGAUCCGCAGCCAGAGCCAGUCUACUACAUCUGUGGAGAUUGUGGGAUGGAGAUUCCCUUGAAGCCAAACGAUGUGAUUCAGUGCCGCGAAUGCGGUUACCGGAUCUUAUACAAGAAGCGCACUCGUCGCAUUGUUCAGUAUGAGGCACGCUGAAGAAGGACAGAGGAGAAGCAAGCUUCUUAGAGAGUUUCAAGGGGAUUUUGUGUAAUUUUAUAUACUUCCAGUUUUCUGAAAGAUACUUGGAUUCCAAAUGAACUGAAAUUUUCCAAGUGAACUGAAAUUGCUUAUUUUGGUUGAUGGCCAAUAUUUUGUAAUAUUUUGUGAACUGAAGUUGGCCUUCACUUUCUAUUGCGGUUUCUAGUUUCUGGUUGUUGGCCAAUAUAUUGUGAACUGAAUUUGCAUAUUGUGUUAUAACUGUUACAUGUGCCUUGAUUUGUUAUGCAACCUUUUGUUAUGAGUU